CUAUCAAGCAAAUAAUUGAUGCUCACAACUGCCGAUCGCUGGCAAGCUGUUGCGGUAAGUACUACUCAGCAAGUAGGUAGCCUCGAACCCAGAACUCUAUCUGACAAGGCAGCCUGACUGACACAGACCAUGCCCAGUCUGGGCACCCGUAGCACCCGCCACCAUAUCAUCACAGGGGUUUGCCUGCCAUACGUGCCUACCUGCCAUACCGGUCGACUUGAGAAGUUCUUGAUUGUCAUCACACUGUGGCAUGCAGACAUCCACGGCUAAUAGUGCCAUUUUGCAACAGCAGAGCAGACACUUUAUUACGCUGCUGCGGAACGCGGCUGCGCGAAACAGGAGUUGUGGUGUUGCCCAUGCCAGUCCGUCUACUAUGAUUAUGUAGAUUGUGUAGCCUACUCGCUGUGUUCCAGCAACUACUCAACAAGUUACCCCGCCUCUGCAACAAUCAUACAUAAGCUGCGAACCCCGGGAAUGUCGUUAAACAAUAAGGGAAGCUUCUCCUACCUGAAUGACGACGUGAACUGGAUCCGCCUUGACGCGGUUACAACUGCGAAGGUGGAACGCAUUAGCAACAGUGUGGCACGUGUUUAUCUGGUGGACAACAACAACGUACAGGUGGCAGUGCCCAACAAUGUGACCAUGAUGGAUGAGGUCGGCAACGUCGUGGCGCCGUUCAUGCAGAACUUCAUGAUUACCUGGGUGGAAACCUAUACGCUGACUCUCAACGGCCAGGUGGUCAUGCGCAUAAACAACCAGAAGGAGCAAUCCAUCUGGGGCCGCCCCGACGCGGCGCACGGUGUGGACUGAGUUGCUGGGACUGUGAAGUGCUGCUUGUGCUAGGGCAAUGGCAUGGUGCCCGGUUGUCGCCUGCCUGGGGGUGGAUGCCCCGGGGCCCACCCUGGCUCGGGCGGCACAGCUUGGCGGUGGAGGGUUGCGUGGGACACAGAUGAUGUGCAAGAAUGAUGUGUCUUGGCAUGCAUCGGCAAAUGGGGUGCAAUGCUCGGGGGCUGGGCAUGUGGAUCUAGGUGGUGAUUGGGUUACCAUUUAGGGAGUGCUGUUGUGGCAACGUAUGGGCGGACUCAUAGCACCGACUGGACGGGUCAUCAGCUGCCAUCACUGCCUCUGUGUGUGUUGGGGAGGGGGAGCGCCCGUACAUAAUCUCCGC